AUGGGGUUUGAAGGGCAGUGCUUUACAUGGCUUAACAAACGGCAAGGUGUGGCACAUGUGCAAGAGCGGCUUGAUCGUUAUUUUUGCAACCAGGAAUGGCAUAGUUUGUAUCCUUCUUUUAAAGUUAUUAAUGGGGAUUAUAUUCACUCCGAUCACUGCCCUGUUGUGGCUUCUCUUGAAAAUGUGGUUCGGCUCAAGCAACAGGAUAACCAGCGACGAUUUCGAUUUGAAACUCAUUGGCUAAAGGAUGAUGAAUGCCAUGAUAUUGUUGAUCAGACGUGGUUGGCCCCGGACGCUCCUUUGGAUAGUCAAGAUAGUAUUCUUGAUAUUUUUGGGAGGUGUGCUGAUAGGUUGGGGGCUUGGAAUAAGUGUAAGUUUGGGUCGCUUCCUAGAUUGGUGAGAGAAACGCAAAAACAGUUGGAUGGUCUUCUCAGUGUGACUCCUCCGUUGGUGCGAAUGGAUGAGGUAAAAAGGCUUGAAACUAAACUUAAUGAUCUCUUGUCUCGGGAGGAGUGUUAUUGGAAGUUGAGGUCGCGGGCGGAUUGGUUGGCUCUCAGUGAUAGGAACACUAAAUAUUUUCACAAUAAAGCGACGGGGAGGAAGAAAAAGAAUGCUAUUGUGGAGAUGAUGACUGAGGAUGGCCGAAAAUUGAGUCUUGAGGAAGAUAUUGUCAGUGAAAUUGAGCGGUAUUUUGGUACAGUGUUCUCUUCGGCUUCUCCUUCUGUACAACAAGUGGAGAAUGGGAUUACUCAUAUUGAAGGCCGAGUUUCUUCUGAGGAAUGUGAAAUAUUGGUAGCUCCCUUUACAAAUGAUGAUGUGUUGUGUGCGGUUCGGGCUAUUGGUGCUACUAAGGCCCCGGGGCCAGAUGGGUUUCAUGCUAUUUUCUUCCACAAAUUCUGGGGUACGAUUGGUCCUAGGGUCUCUGCUGUUUGUCUUGCUAUUUUGAAUGGACACCAAUCGGUGAGGAAGUUUAAUAAGUCGAAUGUGGUGCUGAUUCCGAAAGUAACUAAUCCUUCUCUCGUCAAGGAGUAUCGGCCUAUUAGUCUCUGUAGUGUCAUGUAUAAGAUUGUGGCGAAGGCUGUGUCUCUAAGGCUGAAAGGUACGUUAUCACCGCUGAUUUCCUCAUUCCAGAGUGCGUUUGUUCCGGGCCGAGCUAUUCAUGAUAAUGUUAUGGUGGGGUUUGAGUUGUUACAUUCUCUUUUUAAGAAGAAUAAUGGAGUCAGGGGAUUUAUGGCGUUGAAGUUGGACAUGAGUAAGGCGUAUGAUAGAGUGGAGUGGAGUUUCUUACGUGCUAUUAUGUGUAAGUUUGGUUUUCCUAGUCGUUGGGUGGAUCUCGUUAUGGAUUGUGUUACUACACCGGAAUACUGUUUCCUUGUGAAUGGAAAGCCUAAGGGGUGUGUGGUGCCUUCGAGGGGGUUGCGGCAAGGGUGCCCACUUUCGCCUUACUUAUUUCUUUUCUGUGCUGAAGCCUUGUCAACUAUGCUUCGGCAAGCUGAGGUUAGUGGGGACUUGAUGGGUUUUCGGUGCUCUCGGUAUGGGCCUCGGGUGUCCCAUCUUUUCUUUGCGGAUGACAGUUUAAUUUUUGGUAGAGCCAAUGGGGGAGAGGCGGAGUCUAUCCAUCGGAUCCUCCAAUGUUAUGAGCAAGCUUCUGGUCAGCAAGUCAAUUUUGAUAAAUCUGCUAUCACAUUCAGUCCGAAUGUAUUACCUGCGGAUCGUACUAGUGUAUUGGGUAUAUUAGGCUUGGGAUCAGUCGCCACUCAUGACAAGUAUUUGGGUUUGCCAACAGUUAUUGGAAGGAAUAAGAAGCGAACUUUUGCAAGUAUCUGCGACAAAGUUCAGAAGCGGGUUAGAGGGUGGAAACGAAGCUUUUUCUCUGCGGGUGGUCGUGAGAUUCUGAUCAAGGCAAUUUUACAGGCAGUUCCAAACUAUUUAAUGAGUAUCUUCCAGCUACCAGUGGCUACUUGUGAUCAGCUUCGGUCCAUUAUUUUACAGUUCUGGUGGGGUACUAAGAAUGAUAAACGGAAGAUUGCUUGGGUGAAAUGGGAGAAUGUUUGCCAACCUAAGUCAAAGGGGGGUUUAGGGUUCAAGGAUCUUCGGCUUUUUAAUCAGGCUAUGGUUGCUAAACAAGUUUGGCGUCUACUUCACUCUCCGAAUUCCUUGGCUGGCCGUGUAUUGAAAUGUAAGUACUUUCCCACUACAUCAAUUUUGGAAGCUAAAGAUCGCCAAGGAUCGUCUCAUUUGUGGUCAAGUUUGAUGUGGGGUUUGGAGUUGUUGCAAUCGGGGUUGAGGAAAGUGGUGGGGGACGGUCAGAGUGUUAAUGCUUUUAGGGAUCCUUGGCUUCCUCGGCCUAGGACGUUUCGGCCUAUCUCGCUGGCUCCUGGUGGUACAGUGAUGGUCAGUGAUUUGAUUGGUGGGCAGGGUUCCUGGGAUGUUGGCUCUUUGUCUCGAUAUUUUAUGCAGGCUGAUAUUGAUAUCAUUCUUGGUAUACCGUUGCGGUAUGGGCCUUGUGCGGAUCGUUGGUGUUGGCAUUACACUUCGAAUGGGUGCUACUCUGUGAAAAGUGGCUAUGCAGUUGCUCUUGAUAUGGUUAGUGAAUCGAAUGGUAGCUCUUCUGGUGACCAAGCCCAUUGGUGGAAUGGGUUGUGGAAUUUGCGGGUGCCGCAAAAGAUCAAAAUAUUUGUGUGGCGAAUGUAUUUCCGGGCUCUCCCGACUAAUUCCCAACUUAUCAAGCGGAAGAUCCCUCUUCAGCCGCUAUGUCACAGAUGUGGUGAGGAGAUGGAGACUUCUGAGCAUGCAUUGGUUUAUUGCUCUUCAUUACGUCAUUUAUGGUUGAAGCUUCAGUUGUGGAAGGUGCUAAGUCGUGGUAGAUCUGCUUCGCUGGCGGAAUUGCUUGUUUACCUUUUUGAGGUCCUUGAUGCGAAUCGGUUUACUCUGUUAGCGAUGGUGUGGUGGUGGUUGUGGUAUGAUCGAAAUUCUGUUCUAUUUGGGAAAACGCAAUCCAGGUUAGAUGUGAUUGAUGUCCUGGCUAAGGAAGCUUUGGAGGAAUUUCAUGGUGUAGGGAUCAGUUGUGGGGGUCGGGUCUUGGGUGCGUCGGACACUGGGGUGGCUCGGUUGGGUUCCGGGGGGGGGGGGGGUUCCUGUGGCUUGGGGCGGCUGAGAAGGGAGGGUGGUGGGGUGGUAAGGCCACGGUGGUGUGUGCCUGGGGUGGGUGAAUUUGUGUUGUCUGUGGAUGCAGCGGUGACUCCGGGUAGGGGCUUUGCGGGAUUUGGGGGUGUUAUCCGCGGUGCUGACGGGGUGGUGUGGGCGUCUUGGGCUGUGGGCGCCGUGGGGGACCUUCAGGUUGCGGUGGCCGAGCUCCUAGCUCUCCGAGUGGGCCUCGUGUGGGCUAAGAGUUUGGGGUUUUCUUUGGUGCGUGUGGAGUCGGAUUCUACUGUGGUGACUUCAUGGGUUAAUUUUCCGGAUAAUAUUCUUAUGUUUAAACCUAUUGUUGAGGAGAUUAUUUCUCUUUUAGCUGCUGUUGGUGGUGGUUCUUGUUGUGCCAUUUCGCGUGAUGCGAAUGGUGUAGCCCACGCACUAGCUAAGUCUGUUACUAGUCCUAUAGGGGUUCAUUUGUGGACUGAUGCUUGUCCUAGAUUCAUUACUGCUCCUGUAACAGCUGAUUUGAUUUGA